AUUUGCCCUAACAUAAACACGAUCCUUGAGAAACACUUGUCACAUGUGUCUGACUGCAUGCCAAUUACAUGUGAUGAUAUGCACUACCAGAUUAAGUGUUAUGAUGGAUCACAAUUUACUGUUGAUUUGGAGAAAAUUGCCAUCCUAGCUAAGAAGUUAGUGCCUAUUGAUUUUGUUGAUGGCUAUUAUUCACAAGAACGUUAUAGGAAUUCCAUCAUUAUGGAGGCAUGCCUUUUUAUUCCUCUUUACCUCCCAACUUUGGGAGGGGUCUGGCAGGCCUUCAAAGGCAAGAAGAAGAGAGCCAGAAGAGACUCAAAAGAAAGGAAAAAAGAGAAGAGGGAAGCAUCCAAUGAAAUUGAAGAAGCAACAACCAACUGUGAGAUGCAAACAAUAUGGCUUGGCUGGGCACAAUUCAAGAACUUGUCAGAAAAGAAGGAGUAA